GAUGAUAGUUUGGUGUCGGUGUUUGGAUAGUGCAGAUUAUCGAUCGGUUCGCUCCGUGCAGAUUAGCUUGAUCUUUCGCUGAAUGGUGGGAAUAGUCGGUUUGGAAGCAGUAGUUUGUCGCGUUUAGUAGUGUUUAGGCUCGUUUUUACUUAAUACACCGUUUAAGAUUUUAAAGCAUUGUACCUCAAAAUGACUAGCUUCAGCUUUACGAAGUUUGCACUGGUGCUUGUGAUCGUGGCGUGCGGUGUUACGGCUAAACCCCAGAAUCAGUAUACGCACAAUAGCUACAACAAGAACACGGGUGUGCGCAACACGUCCGUUGGCCAUCGGUUAACGAACCAGCACCAGCAGUACCAGCAGCAGCACCAACAGCAGCACCAGCAGCAUCAGCAGCAGCAACAGCAACAGCAUCAGUCCCAGCAACACUUCGCACACCAGCGUCAGCCGCAAGCUCUGCGGGCACCGCUGCUACCGCCGCAUAAUCCGACCCAGUACAGUCAACGAUUGCAGCAACCCUUCCCGAACGCGAUCCGUCCGUUCGUACCGAUCACCUCGUACAGCAACGAUGUUUCGUACGAUGGCAGCUACUCGUACGCGUACACGACCGGCGACGGACAGCAGCAGCAGGCCCAGGGAUACCUGAAGAAUGCCGGCCGCAAGGAUCUCGAGGCACAGUCCGUGCAGGGUUCGUACUCGUACACGUCACCCGAGGGCCAGCUGAUUACGGUGACCUACAUUGCCGAUGAGAACGGUUUCCGUGCCGAGGGUGCCCAUCUGCCGACACCGCCACCGAUCCCGGAGGCGAUCCAAAAAUCGCUCGCCCUGAUUGCACAGACGCAACCGGUUUCGCCCCAGUUCAACGCCGCCUACAACCAGCCCCGUUUCCAUCAGACCGGUCACGUGCCUUCGGCCAGCGGACACAACUACAACCGAUACGGUUAAACUAAGGCGAUGGCUAGUUUAAUACCCCCUCUCCAGUGACUGAUCCCAUACCAUCCUUUGGUGUGGGGCCUCGAUCGUACUCAGCAUGUACAGAAAUUAAACGCAUAUUAGAUCAGUUUUCAUCAACCGAAAUAAUAGGCAUGGAUGCUGCUCGCAGGAUGACUACAGGAACCCCCUUCCCACACACAUACAAAAUUAGUACAACUAGCUCAGCGAUCUUCGGCCUCGGCGGGUGUUUGACUCCGAUUGUGCUGCAACGACUACCGGAAUUAACUCUGUGUGUUUAUUUUUUUUUAAUGUUGUUUGUACAUAGAUUGUAGCCUGUUGUAUCGAAAGCAAAUAAAGAACGAUGCUUCUUGCAAAUCA